CCCGAGCCCGGAGCAGCACCGGCUCGCGGGGCGAUAACGGCCACCGGUGCUGCGUUCGGCCCUUUACCUCUUUUAAAACUGGUUCAGUCCCCAUAGCAACCCCAAUAUUAGCUGCUCAUUCCAUUGAUGGGAAACCAAGGCGUAGAAAGGGCAAGGAAAUAUGGCAGCAAGGAGAAUUGCACAAGAGACUUUUGAUGCUGUAUUACAAGAAAAAGCUAAACGAUAUCAUGUGGACCCCACUGCUGAGACUGUAGGAGAAACUCUUCAGUUUAAAGCUCAAGAUCUCUUAAGGACAAUCCCAAGAUCCAGAGCAGAUAUGUAUGAUGAUGUUCACAGUGACAGCAGAUACUCCCUCAGUGGAUCUGUAGCUCACUCUCGAGAUGCUGGGAGAGAAGGCCUGAGAAGUGAUGUGUUUCCAGGACCCUCCUUCAGAUCAAGCAACCCUUCCAUUGGUGAUGACAACUACUUUCGCAAAGAAUGUGGUCGGGAUCUGGAAUUUGCCCAUGCUGAUACCCGGGACCAGGUCUUUGGCCACCGGAAAUUGGGCCAUUUCCAUUCUCAAGACUGGAAAUUUGCACUCCGUGGCUCUUGGGAGCAAGACUUUGGCCGCCCAGUUUCCCAAGAAUCCUCCUGGUCACAAGAGUAUAGUUUUGGUCCUUCUGCUGUGUUGGGGGACUUGGCCUCCUCCAGGCUGAUCGAGAAAGAGUGUUUGGAAAAAGAGAGUCAGGAUUAUGAUGUGGACCAUCCAGGGGAGGCUGACUCUGUUUCCAGAAGCACUGGUCAAGUUCAGGCCAGAGGCCGAGCUCUAAACAUCAUUGAUCAGGAAGGCACCCUUCUAGGAAAGGGGGACACUCAGGGCCUGCUUACAGCAAAGGGUGGUGUUGGGAAACUUGUCACACUGAGAGGUGUGACCACAAAAAAAGUACCUGUUAUAAAUCGUAUUACUUCCAAAACUCAGGGCACUAACCAAAUCCAGAAAGCCACCCCAAGUCCUGAUGUGACCCUGGGGACAAACCUAAGGACAGAAGACAUCCAGUUCCCCACUCAGAAGAUCCCUUUGGGGCUUGAUCUAAAGAACAUUCGGUUCCCUAGAAGAAAGAUGAGCUUUGACGUUAUAGAUAAGUCUGAUGUGUUUUCAAGAUUUGGGAUAGAAAUAAUUAAAUGGGCAGGAUUCCAUACUAUAAAAGAUGAUGUUAAAUUUUCCCAACUUUUCCAGACUCUCUUUGAACUUGAAACUGAAACCUGUGCUAAAAUGCUUGCCUCAUUCAAAUGCUCCUUAAAACCAGAGCACAGAGAUUUUUGCUUUUUUACUAUCAAAUUUUUAAAGCACUCUGCUUUGAAAACACCCAGAGUUGAUAAUGAGUUUUUAAACAUGCUUUUAGACAAAGGUGCUGUGAAGACCAAAAAUUGCUUUUUUGAAAUCAUAAAGCCCUUUGACAAAUACAUAAUGAGGCUUCAAGACCGACUUCUGAAGAGUGUCACACCCUUGCUCAUGGCCUGCAAUGCCUAUGAGCUCAGUGUCAAAAUGAAGACCCUAACUAACCCUCUGGACUUGGCUAUUGCCCUAGAGACCACCAAUUCUCUCUGCCGGAAAUCUUUAGCCCUUUUGGGACAGACAUUCUCAUUGGCUUCCUCUUUCCGGCAAGAGAAAAUCUUAGAAGCUGUUGGCCUCCAAGAUAUAGCUCCCUCUCCUGCUUCCUUUCCAAACUUCGAGGACUCGACUUUGUUUGGGAGAGAGUAUAUAGACCAUCUCAAAGCAUGGCUGAUCACCAGUGGGUGUCCCUUACAGGUUAAGAAGACUGAAGCAGAGCCAGCACGAGAGGAGGAGAAAAUGAUUGCUCCUAUGAAACCAGAAAUUCAGGCCAGGGCUCCAAGUGGUCUGAAUGAUGCAGUUCCCCAGCGAGCAGAUCACAAGGUGGUGGACACCAUUGACCAGCUUGUCACACGCAUUGUGGAAGGCACCCUCUCUCCCAAAGAGAGAUCUGUUCUCAAGGAAGACCCUGCUUAUUGGUUUUUGUCUGAUGAAAAUAGUCUGGAAUAUAAGUAUUAUAAGCUGAAGUUAGCAGAGACCCAGCGGAUGAGCCAGACCUUGCAAGGAACCGACCGGAAGCCAACAUCUGCCGAGUGUGCAGUGCGGGCCAUGCUGUAUGCCCAGGCAGUACGGAACCUCAAAAAAAGACUGCUUCCCUGGCAGCGUCGGCGGAUCCUUCGUGCUCAGGGACUCCGGGGCUGGAAGGCAAGGAGAGCAACCACUGGGACCCAGACCCUCCUGUCAUCAGGCACCAGGCUAAAACAUCAUGGUCGGCAGGCUGCAGGCUCCUCACAGGCAAAAUCAUCCCUGCCAGAUGGAAACAAUGCUGCCAAGGACUGCCCACCAGACCCAGCUAGACACUCUCCUCAGGACCCCAGCUCAGAAGCCUCAGGCCCAUCCCCUAGACCAGCAGAAAUGGAUGUCUCUGAAACCCCUCACACCUCCUCUCCCAGCCCAUCUGCUGACGUUGACAUGAAGACCAUGGAGACUGCAGAGAAACUGGCCAGAUUUGUUGCUCAGGUGGGACCAGAGAUUGAGCAAUUCAGCAUAGAAAACAGCACCGAUAAUCCUGAUCUGUGGUUCCUACAUGACCAAAAUAGUUCUGCUUUCAAAUUCUACCGGAAGAAAGUGUUUGAACUGUGCCCAUCUAUUUGUUUUACAUCAUCACCCCUCAGCCUUCAGGCCAGCAUGGGUGGCGAGAGUGCAGACUCUCAGGAGAGCCCCUUAGACCAUGCAGAAAGGGAAGGAGAGUUAGAGGAUGAGCACCCUCAGCAGGAGGCUGAGCUGGAGAGCCCAGAGGUGAUGCCCGAGGAGGAAGAAGAAGAGGAGGAUGAGGAGGAAGAGGAUGAGGAGGAUGAAGGGGGAGAGGAGGCCCUUGCUCACAGAGCCUCCAGGCCGGGAAUAAGAGCUGACAAGUCUGAGGGCUCUGAGGGAAGCCCCCCUGCUGAUGGCCUCCCUGGCGAAGGUGCUGAGGAUGACCCAGCCGGAACUCCUGGCUUGUCACAGGCCACCUCCAGCACCUGCUUUCCGCGGAAGAGGAUCAGCAGCAAAUCACUGAAAGUUGGCAUGAUUCCAGCUCCCAAGAGAGUAUGUCUCAUACAGGAGCCACAAGUCCAUGAACCAGUUCGAAUUGCCUAUGAUAGGCCUCGAGGUCGUCCCAUGUCCAAAAAGAAGAAACCCAAAGACUUGGACUUCGCCCAGCAGAAGCUGACCGACAAGAAUCUGGGCUUUCAGAUGCUGCAAAAGAUGGGCUGGAAGGAGGGCCAUGGUCUGGGCUCCUGCGGGAAGGGCAUCCGGGAGCCCGUCAGCAUGGGAACUGCCUCAGAAGGGGAGGGCUUGGGUGCCGAAGGGCAGGAGCAUAAAGAAGACACAUUUGACGUGUUCCGUCAGAGAAUGAUGCAGAUGUACAGACACAAACGGGCCAACAAAUAGGUAUGUGUGAGAGCCGGUGCAUGAGGACUUCUGCCCACGCUCACAUCCUGGUGUGUAACAUUUCCCCCAGAAAGGCUGAUGUUCCCCACUUCCUCAAAAGCGGACAAUCAUAAAAUCCUGUGAAGGAAAUAAAAGGGUCUUUGGAUAUGGAUGUGUCCCACUUCUUCCCUUCCAGGUUUGCUGGAGCAGCGAGCUUCACACUAGCUAAGGUGUGGCCAGCCUGCCUCAUGGACUGUGCCUCAUGGCCUGACCACCCUGGCAGUAGCUUCUGUGCUGGGCUCUGAGGACGUGCAUGCAGGCUGUUCCUUGCCAGUUCACAUGGGACCAGGCUGCCUCUGGCCUCUCUCUUGCUCUACUUUUCUCUCACAGAUGACAGCCACCUGCCACAUAAUGCAGCCAGGACACGGACUGUUCCCUAGUCAGGAGUGGCCUUGCUAUCCGGAAGUAUAAGGACGGACGUGGAAGCCAAAACCACAAGGAUCAGCGGUUGGCCACAUCCUUUUUUGAGGGUCUUCAAAUCCUUUCUCUUCCAAAGGGCCUUGGGCCUUUAAAUCUCAUACUCUUUCUUUAGUUACCCUUCACCCAUGACUUCCCAACUCUCAGUUUUGAACAAAAUCGUUCUCUUCCUGACUAGAUCAGAACCACUGAUGAGAAAGAUAAACCUUGAAGCCGCAAUUACUCUUAAACCAUCAUCCUGCCCUGGAUCUGCCUGGAGCCCAAGUAUGGUGUGGUGUGUACGUGAAAACCAACAUCUGCAGUCUCUGGGGUGGAGGUUUCCAACGCCAGCCUGCCUUUCUCUUAAAGAAAAACAGAAUGACCAUUCUCAAUAUACUUUUUGCCUUUCCUCUCUCUUCCAAAUGCUUUCCGCAUCAAGUCCUCUCCAAGUCUGUCUUGGUUCCUCUCCAAAAGAUGGCACUGUCCAAAAGUACUUUGGCCUAUUAAGUGCAGUGGACCCAGCUCCAUGGUUAAAUUUCUGGCACAGGGGUCAUUGCUGUCCUGGAGCGCCAAAGGCCAUGCAGACACAAGUGCAGAUUGUGCUUUCCUGCCCCCCAGAAUUUUAUCUAGGGAUACAGAUUGGUAAUCUCCAGGUCUACACUCUGAUACUAAAGCUGAAUGGAGAUCUCUGAACAGUUCAGAUACUUGCUUUAUUGAACAUAUUAAUGGCAUUUUAUCUCUAAAAAUCCUGAGACUUCACCAGUUUUUAGCAACAGUCUAAUAUAGCUGUAUUCAGUGGGGAGUAACAUUAAACAGAUAUGAAAUUUCUCUCAAAUGUAUGUGUGACUAGAAUCCACAAAGGAAACAGGAUAUACUUGGUAUUUUUGGAUUUGAUUUUUCCUCCCAUGCUGAGAAUGGAAACCAGGGCUUUGCACAUGCUAGGCAAGUGUACUACCAUCAAGCUACAUCUCCCAACCUUAUAAUUUUUUAUAUUGAGACAGGGUCUCACUGAGUUGCCCAGGCUGGCCUUGAAUUUGUGAUCUUCCUGCCUCAGCCUCCCAAGUAGCUGAGAUUACAGGUGUGCACCACUGCACCUAAGCCACUGGAUUUUUUUUAAGUGCAUAUGGAGUCUUCCCUACAAAGGGCCAAGAGGCUAUAAAUUCUCCAAGACUUCAUCUGUUACAUGUGCAGCAAUGUAAAGAAUUGUUGUCUUGGGCUUUUGUAAAGAACAGGAAGGCUGCUCUCAGAAGAUUGGCUCUGCAGCUGUUUGCUAUUUCAAGAAGGUAAUUGCAGAACUUUCCAGAUUCCUCAACACUCUCCUACUUUGUAACUCCAUGUGGAAUGCUCAGACUGGGGGCAUCUCAACCCUUCUUCAUAAAGCAGCAGUGUUGAACUUUUAAAUGUGUGCUAAAAUCUGGAAAAUUUGGAAUCCUGCUGACACCCAGCGAUUGGGUUACCCAGCAACAAUUAGGGUGUCAGCCACAGAGCCGAGUGAGAUUCAGGACUGUGAGGAAUCCUUGCUUUCUGAAAGCCACAGCCCUCCCAGGCUGUGCUCCUACCUCUGGGUUCUGUCUGGCCCUACUGUCCCCACUCCAUGCUGCUUCUCUUCAUGGCAGGUGCAGUCCCUGGGGUCUGCUUGCUUCUGGUCACUUCUGUUGCUUUGGCAACUGGCAGAUCUUUAUGGCUGAGGAGGUGCCAGCACUGAGGAUGAGCCUCAGUCCAACUCUCAAAUAAGCCAGCCUGCAGGGGGGGCGGGAGGACAGAUUUGGGGGACCCCAGGUAUGGAGGUUCAUCUUCUCUUUUCUAUCCUCACCUUUCCAGCAACUUCCAUGUUGACCAUGGGUCAGGUGAACAGAUGGAAUUCAAAGCAGGCGCUAGUCCAUAGAGGCCUCUUGAGAAAUGCUCAUUGUCCCUUAGCAGGGCACAUUCCCCCACCCCCAGCAUGGAUAUCUAGCUCUUUCUUUCCAGCUUAGCUUUGACUGUUGUGCACACUUUGUCCUAACCUGUUAAUUUUAAUCUAUUAAAAAGCAAAAUACUGAGGAAUUGCUGGUAUGUGAGCUCUGGUCCCGAGCUUCCUGCCACUCCUAGACACAUCUUAGUUUGACCUGAGAUUAUUUCAGUGAGCCUUUGACUAAUGUCACAGUAACAACCAUUUCUUGAACCUAAAAAGUCCCAUAAAUGCUGGGAGGAUGCUUUUCCUAUAGUUUCAUGUCAAGGCUGUGAAUAUGUCCCAGGGAACUUGGGGAAUGUGGCUGUGUGUCCUGGUGCUGGGCCAGGGCUAAUGCUACUGGACCUCUAUUCCUUCCUCUCUCCUCUUCCUCCACCCAGGCUACCAAUGCUCUCAGGUCAAGGCCAUUCUACAGGGAGGGAGCAUUAUGUGCAAGCGGGAUGUGCAAGUGUGUGACCUUGUCAAAGUCACUGUUUUUUCUGUCAUUCUAGUUCCAGGGUCUCUUCCACGAGGACGACAGGCAUCCGGAAAGUGCUAACCUGCCACUUUGGGUGCUUACCGUCUCUGACUUGUUUCCAUCACUGGAAAUCCCAUAGACAAUGUUAGUGAUUUUGGUUCUUGGUAAAAUCUAGAAGAUGUUUGUGAUGUUACCAAAUGAAAGUUUUGUUUUUUAAGAACCUAAGAAGUUGUGAAUGUUGUCAAUCAUUUAGCAGUUGCAAUAAAUGUAGAGGAAACCCAGUUUCCUGUGAUCUCAA